GAAUAAGUGCCACGGUGAAAAGUGUUCCGAUAGCAAUUAUGGAUAAAAGUUGGUAUUGAAACAACCAAAACGAAACGGAAAUGUGAAAUUGCAAAAUUGCAACAAUCUUUCGAUGUGUGGGUGUUUGUAGACUGAAAAGUCAAAGUUCAAAAGUUUAGAGACAGCUUUCCGUCAAGAAGAUUGGACGUUUUUGAUAAAGUCAACAUUUAUCUGCCACACUAGACCUCACGAUCGAAGAGGUUCAAGAAGCUCCGAAGAGACACAGAGUAGGCCGCAAAUUUGCAGAAAGUAUAUUAAGUAGAAGGGGUAUAACGCCGCGAAUCGCUUACUGCGAUUACAUCUUGCAAACUGCGCCGUGGUCGUGGUGGUUGUUGUGUUUUUCUUUUCGCUUUUAUAUGACUUAUCCAAUCCAAUCGACUAAGGAAAGGUGGCAGCAGGCGGCCUAUACCAAGCGAGGAGACUCGCGCGAUGAGGGCACCGCUCACCUUCAUGAUCUCAAACCAGCCCCGGCCAAGUCAGCAUUAAACAACCAUGGAAACCAACGAAACGUAUUUCCCAUACUACGGUCCGGACCGGAACUCGUGUUUGGUGUUUAACAAAACCAAAAUUCUCCUAAAUCUGUACGAAGGCAUUCCGGAGACGCUCCUGCUGAACGUCAUCGCUUGGCUGUUCCUUAUCCUGCUGUUCACGCUCUUGCGCCAACAGGCAUGGGAUUACGGGCGGUUAGCGCUGGUAAAUAGCCACGGCGAGAACAAGCGCUGGACUCAGCUGUUCUACGCCCACGGGAACGUCGGAGGUCCCGGCGGGGUCGAGAGCAGCGAUGCCAGUAUAAACAUCGAUCGAGGGUUCUUCUCGUGGAUCGUGGCCACCUGGCGGUUAACGCGGGAGCAAAUCCUGACCCAUAGCGGACCGGACGCGGUCCAUUAUCUGUCCUUUCAGCGCCACCUGAUGACGGUGAUGGCCAUUAUAACGUUCAUCUCGAUCACGAUCAUUCUGCCGAUCAAUUUUAGCGGAACGCUCAGUGGCGAUAAGAACUCGUUUGGGCACACGACUAUCUCAAACCUGGAUCCCAAUUCGGGGUCAAUGUGGGCACACGUCCUGUUUGCGAUCGCGUACGUCCCAAUGGUGGUGCUAAUCAUGAGAAGAGCUUCCGGAAGGAACGCUUUCAAAACGGCUCCGACGCGGACGGUGAUGGUGAUGAACAUUGCUCCAGCGGAUUGCGAAAAGGGGGUGAUUCGGACGUAUCUGCAGCAGCUGUUUCCGGACGUGGGCAUUGAGGACGUCCAGAUGGCGUACAACAUUAGCAGUUUGAUUAAAGCGGCCGAGGAGUACGAGAGGAUAGCGGACGCGAGGAUUUACUGCGAGGUGCACAGGAACAGAGAUCGGGAACCGAUACAGGCGAGGACUAAGUGUUGUACGUGUCAAACGGUGGAUGCGCUGGAGUAUUAUAAAGAUGAAGAGGCACGACUGGCAGGUCAAGUUUCCCGCCUAAGAGCGUCGGCUUUGAACGAACCCCUUGGAAUCGCCUUCGUAACGCUAAACUCGGCCCAAGAAGCUCAGCACGUUAUUCUCCACUUCAAACCAGGCACCUACCGGAACUGGGACCUGGCGUACGCUCCCGCGCCGUCGGAUAUUUUCUGGGAAAACCUGAACAUCGAUACCGCCCAAUGGUACUUCAAAUGGAUUGCCGUCAACCUGGUGCUGUUCCUGUUUUUGUUCUUCCUGACGACCCCAGUGAUCAUCGUGAACCAGCUGGACACGCUGUCGCUGACCAAGAACACAACUUCCCAGAUCAGCAAGAUCAGUCCGUUGGUUUCGGAGUUUUUGCCGACACUGCUUCUGUGGUCCAUGUCGGCCCUAAUGCCGGUAAUCGUGGCUUAUUCGGACACGUGGCUUUCCCAUUGGACCCGAUCCCGGCAAAACUACGUGAUCAUGACCAAGACAUUCGGGUACUUACUGUUCAUGAUCUUGAUUCUACCGUCCUUGGGGCUGACCAGUGCCGAAGCGUUCCUGCAGUGGACCAUCCACUACAACGAAACCUACCGAUGGGAGUGUAUCUUCCUACCGGACAAAGGUGCUUUCUUCGUUAACUAUAUCAUAACUGCGGCGUUCAUCGGUACCGCUCUGGAGUUGAUUCGCUUUCCGGAUCUGAUCUGCUACAUUUGGAAACUGGCCACGGCCAAGUCCCGUGCCGAAACCCCAUACAUCCGGAAGUCCAUUCUGAUCACUUUCCCGUUCGGAAUCCACUACGCCUGGAUGGUGAUGGUCUUCACGAUGAGCACCGUCUACAGCUUAGCCUGUCCACUCAUCAUGCCUUUUGCUAUGGUUUACAUCUUGUUGAAACAUUUUGUAGAUAAACACAACUUGUUCUUCGCGUUUGCACCGUCGAACAUGAUCAGCCAGGGAAGUGGUGGGAAGAUCCACAGCACCGCGGUCACUAUGACCAAGGUUUCCGUGGUGCUCCUGCUGUCAAUAAUGGCCGCGUUGGCGUGGGUUCGAUCCGGGGCGCUGGAGAUGCGAGCACUGAUCCUGGUGUUGGCCCUAUGCGUAACGAUGGUCAUGUUUACCUUCAUGUCCCCGAUCAAGAAGUGCACUACCAAGCCGUUGAGUAUAGUGGAAACGGAAGGACCGGCUCCGGUCUACGUGGCGGAUGUACUGAUCAACCGAAGGAUGGUGUCGGACAGUCCGUCGCACUUGAGCUACGGAUCCGACACGACGAUGGACAUUGUGAUGAACGACGCCGGACGAAGUGUGACGGCUUAGAGCAGAAGGAGGGGAAAGUCAUUCCAGGCUCGUAUACUCAACUCUCUUUUUCAACAGCAGCAGCUAGCUAACAUUCGGCUUGCGGCCGGGGGCUGUAAGUGCUUUCCAUCGUUCGAUCGCUUUCGAUUUGAGUACCGCGCUUCGUCGAAGACAUUGUGAUUCUGUUUUAAAUUUUGUUUUAUGAGCAGUAACAUAUUUUUUAUAAUAUUUAGUCUAAUUAUACGAACCGUAAAUUAAUUGUAAUACUUUUACCACUUAUGUUUACCGCUUGUUUCUAAAACGUUUGAUUAAUUUAAACUAGUAUGAACAAGACAGAGACAUCACCAAAAAAUACGUUCUUGUUUUCAAGAAAUCGAAUUAGUUGAAUUUGUUAACUUUGUUUACUGUGUCUAAAAUACUAGUGGCCGUAUAGAGUGCUAGAGAGAUUUCCUUCCAUCUGUUUCACACAAUCUAAUAACUACUGAAUUUUCUGUCUGACAUCUAUUUCUUGCCCCCUUCAGUAAAAAAAAAAACAGAGAAGCUAACUUCUUGAACGAUUGAUUAAACGCCUCGACUUAGUCGCGUGGUGAUACAAAUGGUAUUAUCUUGUUAAUAUGCAUGGCCCCAUUGCUGUUCGUGUGUGGAGUGAAACAAUAAAAUAUGAUUGCAAUGAUCCAACCAACCUUUCGAAACAAAAAUAAGCAAACAAUUAGCAACCAGAUUUUACACUGCACUGCACCAAUCCGUAAACAAGCACCCAAUACAUAUUAACAAAACAUUAAGCAAAUAAAUCAAGGGACUGUGAGAAUUACAAGAGUAUGAAGAAAGUAUGAAUUAUAUAUAUUUUUGGCGGAACUAAACA